GGUUGCUCCAGUAGCCUCCACAGUACGUGCGGUGCCCAAAGUUAAAGCUUGGCGUCCCAUACCAGCCCAAUGGAAACCCCUACCCUUUCUAGCGUAACUUGUUACGCACAUACUUCCGUGACUGGGCCCGGGACGUCCAUAGACGUGGCCGUCUAUGCUGUGCUGCGUUCUCUGGCGCAGUGUCCCGUGUGGAGAGAGAGAGAGAGAGAGAGAGAGGGAGAAGUUUGCUCUGCCUGCAUCGCAGCCUCGGUGCUGCUGGAAUCGAACACAACAAUGGCGACUCCCAGUUCCAGCAGCAACUCAACAACCUCCAGCGGAAACAGCAACAUUGCAGGAUCCACCUCGCACCACCAUCACCCGCAAACACAACACAUGACCACCGUCAGCAGCAUGCAAGAAAGCAACACGUGCUGGAGGUGUCAAAACGAAACAGGUAAACGUAAAGCCCUGAAGCUGAACUUCGCCAACCCUUCAGUGAAGCCAGCUACCAGGUUGCCCCUCAAUCCCUCACCUUCAACUGCCCCUUCCUUCCAGAACCCACACAUAGAGCGUAUGAGGACACACAGUAUCGAGUCGUCGGGGAAGCUGAAGAUUUCUACGGAGAAUGCCUGUGACUUCACGGCCGAGGACCUGAGGGACCUGGGGGAGAUCGGCCGCGGGGCCUACGGCUCCGUCAACCAGAUGCAGCACAAACCCAGUGGACAGAUCAUGGCCGUCAAGAGGAUCCGUUCCACGGUGGAUGAGAAGGAGCAGAAGCAGCUGCUGAUGGAUCUAGACGUGGUGAUGAGGAGUAGUGACUGUCUCUACAUCGUUCAGUUCUACGGAGCUCUCUUCAGAGAGACCGUUAAAGCGCUGAACCACUUAAAAGAAAACUUGAAAAUAAUUCACAGAGACAUCAAACCUUCCAACAUUCUCAUGGACCGUAACGGUAACAUCAAGUUAUGUGACUUUGGCAUCAGCGGUCAGCUGGUGGACUCUAUAGCCAAGACCAGAGACGCAGGCUGCAGACCCUACAUGGCACCGGAGAGGAUAGACCCCAGUGCAUCCAGACAAGGCUACGACGUCCGAUCUGACGUGUGGAGUUUGGGGAUAACCCUGUAUGAGUUGGCCACCGGCAGAUUCCCGUACCCCAAGUGGAAUAGCGUGUUUGAUCAGCUGACCCAGGUGGUGAAGGGCGAGCCGCCGCAGCUCUGCAACUCUGAGGACAGACAGUUCUCCCCCAAGUUCAUCAACUUUGUCAAUUUAUGCCUCACAAAGGAUGAGUCAAAACGGCCCAAGUACAAGGAGCUCCUGAAACACCCGUUCAUCCUGAUGUACGAGGAGCGGUUUGUGGACGUGGCCAGCUACGUGUGUCGUAUCCUGGACCAGAUCCCUGCCUCCCCUAUCUCCCCUAUGUAUGUGGACUGACGGGGACGGGGGGGGGAAUCAGUACACCGCGACACACAACGCAUGACAUCCCGUGCCCUCAGUUACUAUAGUAACAAGGUGUUUGUUUCCAUGAGAACAAUUCCAGAUUCCAAACCAAUCGCUCUGUGCAAUACGAUAAUACACACAAACUUGUCGCCACCCUUUUCAAAGUCCAUAAAAACAUCUAGAUUAUCCUCCCGUCUUCAGACAGCUAAACUCGAAGACAUUCAAUUGGCUCAACGUAUAUACACAACGGGUUGUCUUUUUUUAUGUGCUAUAGGGGGGAAAAAACGGUUUAGAGUCAGUAUAUGGUGUAUACUUGAAAAUCGAUGUUACCAAAUAAACAAACAUGUUGGAAAGUGCCGCUCAUGACGUUAUGAAAAAGAGUCAUCUAUUUGGAUUGUACAUUGUGGACUGUAUUGUAUGUAUGCGUUUGUGUGCUCACCUCUACGUCGUCAGAAGUUUUUUUUUUUUUUUUUUACAGAUGUCUGAGCGAGACACUCGAAUCUCUCAGUAUGCUGUGGGCACCUUAACUCAUUGUAAAUGAAGGGGUCUGAUGAUCUAAAAGUUAUCGUUCCCUGAAACACAGAUCGAUGGUGUAAACGUGGUUUUAUUUUCUUAAUAUGCAAUUUUACAGUAUGACUCCAAAUGUUGUUCUCCGCUAACUGUACAGCAGGAUUGUAAAUCUAUACGUGUGUAUACAUCUCAAAACAGUUUGCUAUUGUUCACCGGUUCUGUUCGGCAGUUAAGACUUGUUAACACGGACGCACUCGACAAUGUCUCCUCAAGCAGUUAUAAGAGUACAUAGUUCUCCACCUGCCACACGUUGCAAACUGGAUGAAGUUACAGCCAGUCGGUUAGCUAUUAAACCUAUCACUUUGCAAGAUGUCACAAGUUGAACAUGUCUGAUAUACAUUUCAUUGCUUGACCAGGUCAGUGUUGCAUCUGUCUGUGUAAAAGGAGUGUCCGACCCCCACGACAGUCACGUUAUACUACAUCGCUGCCCAGCCUGCCUGAUCUCACACAGAAUCAUAGAUAAAAUCGGCAUGUGGCUCGGGCCGCUCGCCAUGAUACGAGGCUCGCACUGAUGGAAGGUUCUGUUUCCCUCGUCAACCCUUAGGCAACAUGUAGGGCGCAUCUCAAUAGUGUCUAGUGAAAUCCUCUUCUUGUUCCCUUUUCCACUGAUGUGAAAGACCUAGACAGGUGAACAUGGAAUAGAUGUUACUGAUAGGCUUUCACCUAUCCUGUGUAGUCUGAUCAGUGCAGAUGGUUGUGUAUUUGGGUCUCGAGUGGCCUAAGGAACUGCAUUAGAGGCGGUGCUAGAGACGUCACUGGUUCGUUCCCAGGCUGUGUCACAAUCGGCCGUGAUUGGGAGUCCCAUAGGGCGGCGCACAAUUGGCCCAGCGUCAUCCGGGUUAGGGCCUGGGUAGGCCAUCAUUGUAAAUAAGAACUUGUUCUGAACUGACUUGCCUAGUUAAAUAACGGCAAAAUAAAAAGCUGAAUGAGAGGUGAGGAAGUCACUCUCUUUCGCGCUCAGAAAUCCAGGGCGUCAGGUCACCCACGUUCAGUGUAUAAUACUGUAGCGAAGCAAAAAGAAACAUGGAACUCCUUAGCUAGUGAACCAAACUGCAGGGGUUCAGCAUCGCUAUGUUGGAACCUGGGUUGUUUCACUAAGCACAGUCGAUGCGUUUGCCAGAUAACUUCAAUGACCCUUUCAGAUGUAACUCCCAGGUUACUAUAUGUGAUAUUAGGAACUAGAAAAAUACACAAUUGUUUUUGAAUGUUUAGGAAAUGUGGCUGGCUAACAUUUCAUGAAGCUAAAUUGUGCUUCACGAAAUGCCCCCUUGGAAAAGCCAGGGGUCAGGGACAAGUGUUUCGUACAGAAAUGUCGCGUACAUAUGCAGUUUAUUCAGGAGAGAGGACAUUUACAGAAUAUUCGGAUAGAAAUGUACUACAUAGACCUGACCUGAUUCCCUGUUAUGUGGAGUACGGAAUCCAGUCGCCUCUAUUCAUUGCGUUUCUGUCUGAAUAGUUCUAAACUUUGCAUCUGAAGAAGCCUAUGCUCUUAUAAGCUGAGAUGUGGAAAACUUAUGGUUACAUGGUGAAUUGCAAUUUAUUGGAAUGUUCAUACUAUAGAUCAUACAAUGUUAAGGGCAAUGAGUAUGAUAUUGUAUAUUGAUCAAGGGUAAAAAAAUAAAUAAAGUUCACAUUGAGAAAAUA